AGGUUCAUAAAUUUGACUCGCCGGAAGAAGUUGAGCUUAUGGCGCGCGUCAUGCGUGUUUGGGACAUCGAUGGCGAGGUCGACCCUGAUGCCGCGACGCUGGGCGAGACCAUCAUCAAGGCCGGCAUGCUCCUGUACCCCACCUCGCCGCUUCUGCGCAUUCUGUAUGCAAACUUCUUGAUGUUUGUCCGCAAGGACGGUCCGGCCAGCCGCACGCAGCUGCAGAUGGCGGCCAGGUACUCGCCCUCGGUCGUUGAGAGGUACCAGAUGUUUUGCACGAACGAGAGCUCGAAGCGCCUGAAGGACAGCCAGGAUGGCGGCAUGGACAUGCAGGCUUACGUGGAGUUCAAGAGAAACUACCGGGCUGUAUUGCGGGUGCAUCGCGAAGUGAUCAUCAUGCGCUGCGACUUCUGGAAGCAGCUUAUGCGCUCUGCAGUGCGGGUGAAGGAGCUGGACAGCUCUAUGGCGGAGCUGCAGGAGGCCACAGAGCGGGCCCACCAGGUCUACAGGCGCGUCCUGCUGCGCUAUCCCACCAACGGCAAGCUACUGCGUUGCUACGGCAAGUUCCUGGAGGACGCCUGCGACAACGCGACAGCGGCCGGACGGGCGUACUCUGAGGCUGCACGCCACGGGGACGGGGACCCAUUGCUGUCCGUUGAUGUGACGUUUGGCGGUACGCUGACUAAGCCUAAGUUCCUGACUUCAAUGGAUACCAGCGAUGACGCCGUACUGGUGAUCAACUCGGAGGGAAUCAUCAUGGUAGCAAACGAGGGCAUCGUUCGAAUGUUUGGCUACACGAAGGCGGAGUUGGAGGGUGCCAAUGUGAACAUGCUGAUGCCGCCGCCCUUUAGCCAGCGCCACAGCGGCUACCUGCAGCGCUACGCCGCCACGGGAGAGGCGCACAUCUUGGAUGAGGUCGCGGAGGUCGUGGCGAUGCACAAGGAUCACUUCGUCUUCCCGAUCAACAUGUGCGUCACCAAGCUAUCAGGCGGCCGUGGGGAUGCCAUUUUCCUGGGGCUGCUGCGUCACGUGCCGCCCUCGGUGACGGAUGUGCGCGUGUGGACCACUCUCGGAGGCUCUGUCCUGGUGGCUGACCAGCAGUUCUGUUCCCUGUGUGGUGUGCCGCAAUCGUUCCUGAUUGGCCGCCGUUUCCCAAGCCUGGUGACAGACUGCGCUGCAGCGGAGGCAUUCCUCCGGCGGUGCCACGAUGCUACCGCUGAGGUGACACGCGCGGGGUCCAUCACCGCGGCGUUCUCGAUCGUCCAUGAGUACUCAGAGCCCGUUAACGUCGAGGUUACAGUCAGGCUGGCAGGCUCCGACGCACAGCGUAUCCUGGUCUUCUGCAUGCGGCGGUUGGACGGCAAGGCGGGCACCAUGCUGGUCACCGACGGCCAGCUGCGGGUCAAGUUUGCAACAUGGGAUGUGGGCAUCCUGCUGGGAUACUCGCUGACAGAACUGGAGAGCAUGCGACUCGAGGACUUGCUGCCGCCGCCCUUCAGCACGCUGCACACGAGAUGGGGGAGGAACAUGCACCCAGCCCCUCCGGCCUUCGGCUGCCGUUCGGGAGUGGUGGUCCACAUGCUGAGCUCCGCAGGGGCCCAGGUGCCGGUGCGCAUUGAAGUAAACGGCCGUGAGACGUCCCGUGGAGCAGUACAACAUGUCGUCAAGGUUACAAAGGCGGGGCCAAAGGAGUUCCUCGAGGAGAAGUGCACGGUCAUCACCAUCGACUUCAGCGGCCGUGUGGUGGCCGUCUCCAGCCCCACGACUGCGCUCUUCGGCUUUCGUGCAGCCUGUAUGGCGGGUGCAAGCGUCUGCGACUUCAUUGACGUCUUCACUGAUUGGCGCAACAAGAACGGUGACGGCAGCUUGCAGAUGCUGCUGUUGGCGCUUCUCGACUGGGAACAACGGAUGCCUGGUGCUUCCUGGAGGGUGGGUGUUAACCAGCCACCUGAUGACGGCGACCAUCACGCCAGCAGUGUGGUGCCGCUUCCAGCCAUCAAGGGGGCAGCACCCGCGGAGUUCAUGCAUGCCGUCAAGACUGCGCGCGUCAUGGCGUGCAUGCAGGUGGAGCUGGAUGAUAGCGGCCAUGAGGGGUCUGAGGGCAAAGCAGGUGGCGGCGUUAUUGAGGGCUCCGCCAUCCGUCUUGUUUUGUGGCGUCGGGACCUGCUGACGGGGCUGCUGGAGCUUGACUCGCAGCUUAAUAUCCGCCGGGCAGACGUGCAGACUGGGCUCAUUUUGGGCGUGUCGCCCACGGUGCUAGCGCGACAGAGCUUGCACGAUGUACUGGACCUGCCCUUUGGAGCGCUCACCUGGGAGGAGUUAAUGGGCAAGGAGGGCCAUAGGGCCAAGCGCGGCGCUCUUAAAGGCCACAAGGCCAAUCCCGACGGCACCGGCUCUGUGCGGCCCGCCAUCAGCAUCAGCGCGCAGCGCGCCUUCACAGGCUCCCACCCGGACGGCGGCACCAUGCGGAUCUUCGUGCAGGGCGUGCAGGUGGAGGGCCCCAACGGCGCGGCUAAGGUGCAGGUCACGUUCCAUCCUGACACGGCGUUCAAGGGCGCGCAUGUUGACCUGAUCAAAGCGCUCCACAUGGAGGCGGCGCUGGCGGCAGCCCAUCAUGGCAGUGGGGAGGGCGAUGCCGCCGCUGGUGCCCAUACAGCCGCUGGUGGUGGCGAUGGGAAGCGAGCAGAGGUAGCGGGGCAGUCCGGUGACGUAGGGCCGCAUAAGCCCUCGGCACUCAUGCCACAGCGAUCCGCUCUCCGACGUGCAACGGAUCAUUCCGCCGAGGCUGGCAAGGGCGCAGUGGCGUUUGACGUUGAUCACCACGCUUCUCAGUUGGGGGACGGCAUCAAAAGCGGCAGCGACGACGACAGCGAUGAUGACGACAGCGACAGUGAUGACGGCCCCGGCCCUCAGCCGCCCGAGGAUCGUGGGCUGUACAGCCGUGGCGGCCGCAGUAGUGAAUUUGUGGAACAGUGGGUGCACACCGUGUCCCGGCAGGCGACGGCAGCUCCCCAGGGAAUACCGGGGUUGCCAACGGUACCUGCCGGGGAGGACGAGAGGGUGGACCCUUCUGACAUAACCCCGCAGGUUGUGGACAGACCGGAGAGCCCAGCAGCACCCUGCAAGCCCCCGGAGCCUAGCAAGGGCGCCCGAAAGGCUGCAAAGAGGAGCGAGGUAGAGGCGGAUGACGAUGAGGAGGUAUGCAAACCCGGCAAAAACCGUGAUGCGGGUAUGGACGACGCGUCAAGCAACGGAAGCGCGAGUCAGGCGUCGGCUAGCAUUGGAGGCGCCAGCAGUGCCACCGCCGCCACCACAGCGGACGAGGAGCUGGUUGUAGACGUGCGGCGCGAGCGGCUGCUGAAGGCACUCCACCGCACACUGCUGGGGCCGGUGUUGGCGGAGCCCCUCACCCGCAUGCAAAUGCAUACGCUUGGGCUGCUGGCUGUCAUGCUGGUAGCUCACAUUGCGUGCUACGUGUUCUUCAAAGGACUCGUCGCGAAGGAACAUGCGAACAUCUACCUCGUACGGGAUCAGGCGUUUGCCAUGGACCGAGGCCAGCUAAUCCUCAACCGUGUCAUUGAGGCAUCCUUCUGCGCCAUCCCUGGGAUCAAGAACGUGUCCGGCUGCUCCCUGCCACUUGACAGCACUAUGGCACUUCUCCGCUCAAACGUGGACGAGCUCGAGGCGUACCACCAGGCGGUGUACCUGGGCAUAUCUAAAAUCGAGAAGCUCAAGGACACCCGCUCCUACGAGUACUUCACAUAUCCAACCGUCAACUACACAAUUAACAUGGACGGCUCCGGACCUGGAGACCACGCCCCUUCGGUCUCCACUGGCGUGUGGCAAUACGUAAACCGCUUCAUUGCCGCGGCACGUGAGGCGUUGUACUGGCUUCCUGUGCUUGGGCCUGGAUACAUGGGGCAUCGUACGUUCGGGUUCAUCCUUGGCAGCGCCGCGGGGCCCCUCUUUGACAGCGGCGCCGUUGCACUUGACUACUUGGUCAAUGCCACGUGGACAUCGCUCACCAAGCUCCGAACUGCCCUGAUUGCACUUUUCGUGGUGGAAGCGCUUGUAGUCCAGCUCUGCUGCUUGACCUAUCAAUGGUCGCUCGUGAAACGCCUGGAGAGGGCGCGCCUGGUGGGGCUGGCAGCGAUGCUGGGCCUCCCGGGACCGGUCCUGCGGAAGAUGACAGCUGCCAAUUGUGAUGAAAUCAUAAGGGACGAGGACGAAGAGGAAGACGAUGGCAAUGCUGGCGUGGACCACGCGGACCAGCAGCAACAGCAGCAACAGCGUCCAGAGAGCAAGCACGGCUACCUGAGGCACAGGAGCGUUGGUAAGCGGCUGGAUUGGCAGGAACCUGCUGACAAUUCAACUAUUACCGGGAACCAGGACAAGGAUACGGACAUGGAUGACCGCAGCAAGCUGGGUGUUGCCGAGGUGCCCAAGGACGACGGCGAGGGCAGCACCCGCCAAAAGAGCACCGACCAGCAGAGCGUUGCUAAAGGCCGGAGUGCUGAGCGGUCUGAUCUGGUAGUCAACGGCAAGCGGCUGAUCCCAACUAUGUGGAAUGUCGCUCGCUUUAUGGUUCCGUUCCUGGCUUGGAACAUUGCACUCGUGACAGUGUACGGUGUUACUCUGUACAAGCUGCAGGACAUGCAGGGCCCCUUGGCGUCGCUCAACAUGGCCUGCCACGUCGUCUACCGGUACACCCGAGUGUCAGGCAUUGCCUUCGCUAUGGUCACGCUGGACAUACACGCGCGCCCUGCCUUACAGAUGUUGACACUGAUGGAGGUGAAGAACUUACAGAGCGAGUAUGACGCCUUGAUGUACGGCGGUCUGGCAAGUACGCAGGCGAACAGUGUGUUUCGCCACCCCGUGCCUGCCAGCGCAUUCGAGUCCGCAAGCUUCGCACGGACCUUUUUCCGUGCUAAGGGCUGCCAGCGUUUCGACAAGACGCAAUGCCUUCCGGUUGACAGCCCCUACUACGAGGUAACCCACAACGGGUUGGACGCCAUGAUGCGCCGCGCCAUAACGGAGCUGGAGCUGAUGACGGCAGACGACCCAGGGGACCUGGCGUAUGACAGCUCCCGGUCCGACUACAUGGCGGUUGUGGGCCGGCAUGACCUGUACGAGGGGUUGCAGCAGGCGGCUGGCUUGUUCGUGGACUACAGCAUCAGCCGCUACGAGUCCGUUCAAAACUUCCAUACGAUCCUCCUGGUGGCGACGGUGCUGUUGGUUCUGUCGUACAUAGUCUUCAUGCUGCAGCCGCACAUGGCGCGUGUCAGGGAGGAGGCACGGCGCCAGUCAGGCAUGCUCAGCCACGUUCCUGACACGGACAUGGACGUGCGGGGGUACGUGCGCGCCGUCUUAAAACAGCUCAGCACGGCGGCGACGGCAAAGAAAAGUGAAAUUGCAAAGAGCGCGGGUGGUGAAGUUGCGGGCAUUAAAGAUAAUGGGACGGACCGCGGUGGUGAUCUGAGCAGCGGGAUUGGGGUUGUCCCCCGGACGUUCCACAGCGAAAGCAACGCUAGCGGUUCUGCUGUUAGCUACUAAAGCAUGGCUGUUAAGUAGGUUAUGUCUUACAUACCAUAUAGUGACUUAUGCCCUUCGGUUGGCCGCCCAUGCUUCUGAUUCAUAAGCGUUUCGAAGGUUUGCUUUGGGGCGUAAAUAUAUUGACGCGGCUGGAGGUGUCAGGUUAGACUAUUGUGGGAUGGCAAUUUGUUCACGGGCCUCAUUGCUGUCGGUUUGGCCCUUGUAGGUAUCCUUGCAUUGAACUUGGCAGGCCUGCUAAUGCGCUGGACUGGAAACUGUGAUGUAUAGCUUAGGUAAUUAUGAUCAGCACUGAGCAAGUGUGUACGCUAACGUGUAUAUAUGCCCUUUAGGCGUGCGUAGCCCUAUAUUCUUGCUUUUGUAUGCCCUCUCUUUCUCUGAACACAGCCAUCUAGUGUACCCUGGCACGACCCCGGGAUGGCGUGUGUACUGCGAUGGUGCUUCUCAUCGUGCUUGCCGUGAUGCUACCGGUGAGAGAUAGCUAGGGCCUAUGGACACACACUAUUGCACCUGUGUGUGACAGUCGUUGUACAAUUGUCAAGUAAUUUCUCGGUUUCCUUGGCUUGGUUUCUAACAGCUACAAUUCUUAACAUGGAGCCCUUUGGUAGUGGCAUACGGUAGUCUGUGUUCAUUCCCGUGAGUGUCUACGGGUAUGCGCGAGCGUCAGCUUCCUGCGUUCGAUGGUGUUCAUUCUGUGGCAGAUAUGUGGUAGGGCUUGCCCCAGAUGUUUGUAACCCUUAGGAAAUUUUCUAACUUGAAUCCUAGCAAC